AUACAAAUUAAAAACUAUUGAAACUCAAAGUUUGUGACUUAGAAAAGUCAAACUCUUUAUUUAUUUAUCUUGAAAAGAGGAAUUCCUCUUUUUAUUCCAUAGCCAGGAGAGCAAACUAGUGGGAAAGCUGCAAUUCAGCCAAAAAAAAUAAAAGAAAUAAAAAAACACAAACACUUCCUUAGCCUAAAAAUUUCUGGAGCUGAUAAUAAAAUUUCUUCAUCAGUAUGGUGAAGGUGGAACUCCAAAAAUGGGUAUAUGGAUUGGUGUGUUUUAUGCUUCUUGUUUUAAUGAGAACAAAAGGCUGCAUGGUAAAUAUCACUUUUGUUGAGGGUGCUGUGGGCAAAGGAGCAGUAUGUUUGGAUGGGAGUGCACCAGCAUACCAUUUGGACAGAGGAUCUGGGGAUGGAGUUAACAAUUGGUUAAUUCAUUUUGAGGGAGGAGGAUGGUGCAAUAAUGUCACUACUUGCCUCGAACGUAGAGACACUAAUUUGGGAUCUUCCACAAGAAUGGAAAAACAGGUUGCUUUUGAAGGGAUUCUCAGUGACCUCGCCAUAAGAAAUCCGGACUUUUACAACUGGAACCGAGUCAACGUUAGAUAUUGUGACGGGUCGUCCUAUACUGGUGAUGUUGAAGCAGUGAAUCCUAAAACCAACCUUCACUUCAGAGGUGCAAGAGUGUUUGUAGCUGUGAUAGAGGAAUUAUUAGCUAAUGGAAUGAAAGAUGCAAAAAAUGCUUUAUUGUCUGGAUGUUCAGCCGGAGGAUUAACUUCUAUAUUGCAUUGUGACAAGUUUAAAGGCCUCCUCCCGCCGAGUGCUACAGUAAAAUGUCUUGCAGAUGCUGGCUACUUUAUCAAUGUGUUAGAUAUUUCUCGUACCCCACACAUUGAACAGUUCUAUGACGACGUUGUCACAACUCAUGGAUCAGCCAAUAGUUUGCCCAGUUUAUGUACAUCAAAGAUGAAGGCAGGUUUGUGUUUUUUCCCUCAAAACAUGGCACGAUAUACCGAAACACCUCUUUUCCUAGUCAAUUCGGCUUAUGAUGUCUGGCAGAUAUGGAACAUUUUGGUUCCUGAUGUUGCCGACCGGCAGGGGACAUGGCUUAGCUGUAAGCUUGACUCCGAGAAGUGCUCCGAUGCUCAGCUUCAAACACUACAUGGGUUUAGAUUGGAGUUUUUGAAGGCAUUAGAUGGACUCGGCCCUGCUUCAUCUAGAGGAUACUUCAUCAACUCGUGUUUCGCGCAUUGUCAAACAGAAGCCCAAGAGACAUGGCUUGCUAAAGACUCCCCUACGUUGAAUGGCACGGUAAAGCUUAUGUUUAGCCUAUUAGAACUACUUGGGUCCACCCUAACUCUACGUUAGUAUGAUAUUGUCAGCACUGCACCAAACCCUCACGGGUUUGUUUUUGAACACCUCUCCCAAGAGGCAAGUGUCAUCAUACUAAUAGAGAUGGGCGAUCUUUAAAUUAUAAGUUCAUGUUCAUUUGCAAGCGCGACGCAACUAACUUGACCGUGACUAUCCGUUACAUUUACAAAGUGUAUUGAUAAUUCUUUUAUUAUUCCGUACGAAUAAUAAAUCAAACAGAUGACAUCACCAACUAUAUAUAAACACACGGCCAUUUCUCAACCUGCCUAAUUCGACUCAUUUAAAAAAAUUGGAGCAGAGAGAAAGAGAAGACAGUUGGAGUUGAUCACGAGUAGAAUUGGAGGAGGAAGAUCAGAUUAAUGCAAUUGCUGAUGAAGGUUGGUUAAGAUAAAUUAAUUGCCUCUGAUAUUCAAUUUUCCUAAUCUGUUUUCUCAACUCAUAUUUCGUAAUCAGUUUAAUUUCAUCAUUGAUUUGGAAGUGGUUACAUUGAUUGAUAUGAGAAUAUUUAAUAUCUUCAUUAGCAAGUUAGUCGGUCAGUGUUGAUUUUGAAGUAUUUUAAUUAUGAGACUGAUUGUCUUCAUUUUGCAUUGUUGAUUGAUUAUAGUGGAAUUUCAUCAUUAUACUAGACUAAUAAUAGGUUGGUCUAAUACAUUCUCUUGAUUAGCAUGGCAAAUUGAUCAAGAAUGUCAUUUCAAUUUGAAAAUUUUAGACAUAUCGAAAACAAACUUUGUAAGUUUCA